CCGCGCCCCGCGCCCCCGCGCGCCCGGCCCUCCGCCGCCGCCGGCCCGGACAUGGCCGCCAACAUGUACAGGGUCGGAGACUACGUCUAUUUCGAGAACUCUUCCAGCAACCCGUACCUGAUCCGCAGAAUCGAGGAACUCAACAAGACCGCCAACGGGAACGUGGAGGCCAAGGUGGUGUGCUUCUACCGGAGGCGGGACAUCUCCAGCACCCUCAUCGCCCUGGCCGACAAGCACGCCACUCUGUCAGUCUGCUAUAGAACCGGACCGGGGGCCGACAGCGGCGAGGAAGGGGAGACGGAGGAGGAGGUGGAGAACCCCGAGACGGCGGACCUCCCUGAGAAGCUCAAGCACCAGCUGCGGCACCGCGAGCUGUUCCUCUCGCGGCAGCUGGAGUCGCUGCCGGCCACUCACAUCAGAGGGAAAUGCAGCGUCACCCUGCUCAACGAGACGGAGUCGCUCAAGUCCUACCUGGAGCGGGAGGAUUUCUUCUUCUAUUCUCUAGUCUACGACCCCCAGCAGAAGACCCUGCUGGCAGAUAAGGGAGAGAUCCGCGUGGGGAACCGGUACCAGGCGGACAUCACUGACCUGCUGAAGGAAGGUGAGGAGGAUGGCCGAGACCAGUCCCGACUGGAGACCAAGGUGUGGGAGGCCCACAACCCCCUCAUAGACAAGCAGAUCGACCAGUUCCUGGUGGUGGCCCGCUCUGUGGGCACCUUCGCAAGAGCUCUGGACUGCAGCAGCUCCGUCCGACAGCCCAGCCUGCACAUGAGCGCCGCGGCCGCCUCCCGGGACAUCACCUUGUUCCAUGCCAUGGACACGCUGCACAAGAGCGUGUACGACGUUGCCAAGGCCAUCUCGGCGCUGGUGCCACAGGGCGGGCCCGUGCUCUGCAGGGACGAGAUGGAAGAGUGGUCCGCCUCGGAGGCCAGCCUUUUCGAGGAGGCCCUGGAGAAGUACGGGAAGGACUUCACGGACAUUCAGCAAGACUUUCUGCCAUGGAAGUCGCUCACCAGCAUCAUCGAGUACUACUACAUGUGGAAGACCACCGACAGAUACGUGCAGCAGAAACGCUUGAAAGCAGCGGAGGCGGAGAGCAAGUUAAAGCAAGUGUAUAUUCCCAACUAUAACAAGCCAAACCCGAACCAGAUCAGCGUCAAUAACGUCAAGGCAGGCGUGGUGAAUGGGGCCGGGGCGCCAGGCCAGAGCCCUGGGGCCGGCCGAGCCUGCGAGAGCUGUUACACCGCCCAGUCUUACCAGUGGUAUUCUUGGGGUCCCCCUAACAUGCAGUGUCGCCUCUGCGCCUCUUGCUGGACAUAUUGGAAGAAAUAUGGUGGCUUGAAAAUGCCAACCCGGUUAGAUGGAGAGAGGCCAGGACCAAACCGCAGUAACAUGAGCCCCCAUGGCAUCCCAGCGCGGAGCAGCGGGAGCCCCAAGUUCGCCAUGAAGACGAGACAGGCCUUCUACCUGCACACCACCAAGCUCACGCGCAUCGCCCGGCGCCUGUGCCGAGAGAUCCUGCGCCCGUGGCACGCGGCCCGACACCCCUACAUGCCCAUCAACAGCGCGGCCAUCAAGGCUGAGUGCACAGCCCGGCUGCCCGAAGCCUCCCAGAGCCCACUGGUGCUGAAGCAGGCCGUGCGGAAGCCUCUGGAAGCUGUGCUCCGGUACCUAGAGACCCACCCCCGCCCCCCCAAGCCCGACCCCGUGAAGAGCGUGUCCGGCGUGCUCAGCGGCCUGACCCCUGCCAAGUCGGCCCCCGUCAUCAACAACGGCUCCCCCACCAUCUUGGGCAAGAGGAGCUACGAGCAGCACAACGGGGUGGACGGCAACAUGAAGAAGCGCCUCUUGAUGCCCAGUAGGGGCACUUACCUGGGUCUGGCGAACCACGGGCAGACCAGGCACAUGGGACCAAGCCGGAACCUCCUGCUCAAUGGGAAGUCCUACCCCACCAAAGUGCGCCUGAUCCGGGGGGGCUCCCUGCCCCCUGUCAAGCGGCGGAGGAUGAACUGGAUCGAUGCUCCUGACGAUGUGUUCUACAUGGCCACCGAGGAAACCAGGAAGAUCCGCAAGCUGCUAUCGUCCUCGGAGACCAAGCGUGCCGCCCGUAGGCCCUACAAGCCCAUCGCCCUGCGCCAGAGCCAGGCCCUGCCCCUGCGGCCGCCCCCACCGGCCCCUGUCAAUGACGAGCCCAUCGUCAUCGAGGACUAGGUGCCCCGCUGCCCGGCGAGGCCACUCCGACCACAGCCCGCGCCCCCGCCCGCCCGCCCGCCCGCCCCUGCCCGGUUUUGGUAGUGCUCCCCUCCUGCCCCCCCCCCCCCCCCCCCCCCCCCCCCCCCCCCCCCGCAGAGAAACUGCUCCUCCGGGCGCCUCGGGGGCAAGUGCCCUUUCACUUACUCCCAGAAAGCCCGGGAGUCGUUUUUAGCUUUGUGUUUACUUUUUGGCCGGAGCGGAGCUGAGGAGCCGCCCAGGAGCCCGCGCCACCCUGUGGGCCUCGCGUGCGGCCGCAAGUUUUGUUGUGUUCUGUUGAAGGUGCCAUUUUAAAUUUUAUUUUUAUUACUUUUUUUGUAGAUGAACUUAAGCUCUGUAAACUUACAUCUGGAAUGUUAGGAUCGGCAUGGCCAGCGGCCGCCGAGCUGCCUGGUGGGGUUGGCCCCUGGUCUUUUCAAGUAAUUUUCAUAUUAAAAAAAAACAAAGAAAAAAAAAGUUAUAAAAAGAAAAAACCAA